AUGAAGAAGGGGAUGGGAAACCAUUCGGGUAGCCAUGCACAUGAGGAGAGCUCAGAUAGUCAGAGGGGGCUAUGCGAGCGGGUCAAGACAAAUGCUCACAAGUACAUAAAUUUUUACCAUAAAUAUUGCAGGGACAAAGGCGGAGGAUACGCGGAGGAGCAGAAGCAGGAAGAGGAGGAGGAGAGCAGCUCAUGGGAAAACUCCCUUUUGAAGGGUCCCACACUGAGGGAGAGGAGAAAGUUCAAGGUCAUCCAGGGUGGGGGGGAAAAAAAGGGAUUCAAUUUCGGGAGCGCCCAAAUGAGGAGCCUGAAUGAUAGGCGGAGUUACACCUCGUUGUACUUCCCCUCCGUUAUCGAAACGGACAGCGAGGGGGGGAGCAUCAGCGACGGUAGCAGUGGUGGAGGGAUCAGCGAAGGUAGCAAUGGUGGAGGUAGCAGCAGUGACCGAUGCAGCAGUGGGGGCGCUUCUCCAUGCAAGCAGAAGGAAAACCCCCCCUCGCAGGAGAACACUCACAACCAGCUAUACCCCCGUCGUGGUGCAUAUGCAAGGGUCAAAUUCGAAGGAGGAGAAAAGGUGAGUACUUGUUUAAACGGAAAGGAGGACAACGGCUUCUCCGCUGGGCACCUCCUAAAUGAUGUGGAUCGAAGGGAAGAAGGUAGCAACACCUCUCUGCUCCUGGAAGGGAAAUACCUUCAGAAGGGAGCGCAAAAGAAGAAGAAGCAGAAGAAGAAGCAGGAGAAGAAGCAGGAGAAGAAGCGAAAAAGACAGCACUGUGUUUAUCUCUCCGGCGAUGGGAUGAAGUACUCACAUUCGAAUCAUGGAGAAGGCAAAGCAGUGAGUAGCAACGGAGUGAACUCACUUAAAGCGCAUGUCAGAAGGUCCCUGUCCAACUUCAAAAAACAAAAGGAAGUUCUUACCUUCAUAAACGAUACUUAUAAAACUAUUUUGAUGAUGUGCAUUUUAUCGCUGCUGCUGACCAAGGGCAUUCUUAUGUGCACCUUUCUGUACUUCCUCCAGAGUGUGUGUCACUUUGCGCUCUUCCACCUGUACGUGCGCGAGUACGCGGCACGCAAGCGGUGCGGUCCUGCGUAA